AGACUCAACUGUUACACACCAACACGGGCAGCACCACCUUCGUUCGUCGACUCACUUCGACUUGUUAUCGUAUCCGAGUCGUACAUGUUUAAUUUCUCACCUUCCCAUUGAUUUCCUUGAGACAUGUUUCGCAUUUUCCUCUUACUCAAUCCAAGGAUAAUACGUACAGUAAAUACUUGCAGUUCAAUUUGGCUGAAAAUUAGAAAAAUUGAAUAUCAAAAUCGUCACCGUUCGACUACGUGGAAGCUCAGUCAACAUAAACAAUGAAGAUAUCGGCACUAUUUAAUUCGCGCAGGAGUGAAUCGUUUUGCCAAUCUUGCAAGGCAAUAUUUAAAAAAAAAUCAAUAGUUUUGAAAUUAUCAUAUGGAAACAAGAGGCUGGCAAUAUGCUGAGUUGAAUUGACACAGCUCAGAUUAUAAAUUAUGGAUAAGUAUAUCACCAGAAAAAAGAAAGUCAAGAAACCUGCAGAGAUAGGAUUGGCUUCAGGUAGCCAACAUGAUCAUGAUGGAGAAAAGGAUGAAAAGAACGAACCUACAUCUAAACGGUUGAGAAUUGAUAGCAAGACUGAAUCUUCAGAAAUAGAUCUUAGGAUGCUCCAGCAUAUCCCACAAAAGAAAAAAAUAUCCCGAGAGAAUCUUGACUGUGAUUACUUGCAUCUGUAUUCAAAGAAAGAGGCAGAUAUUCUGUUCCAACGUUGCGAGGAGUCUCUAGAUUAUUUUACGGGUGAUCUUGCAAGGAUUAAAGUUUAUGGAAAGUGGCAUGAUAUUCCAAGAAAACAGGUAGCACAUGGUGAUGCAGGUGUAACAUACAAAUAUUCUGGAGUGACUGUUCCAGCUAAACCAUGGAUACCACUGUUAUUAGAAAUUAGGGAUAGGAUUCAAGAGGUUACAGGGUUCAAAUUUAACUUUGUUCUCAUCAACAGGUAUGCCGAUGGAAAUAACUACAUGGGUGAACAUCGGGAUGACGAGAAAGACUUGGUUUCAACUAGUCCUAUAGCGUCCCUGUCUCUUGGACAGAACCGUGACUUCAUCUUCAGGCACUGUGAGGCCCGAGGAUCUCAGGCCAAACGAAAGAUACCACCAGUCAAAGUGGAGCUAGAACAUGGGAGUUUACUCAUGAUGAAUUAUCCUACUAAUGUUUACUGGUACCAUUCGCUGCCUGUCAGGAAGAAAGCUUUGAAUACCAGAGUUAAUAUGACAUUCAGAGAUAUUGUAACUGUCAAGAAGUGACCAGUGAGAGGACUUUUUGGGAAAUAGGUUACAGCCAAAGUGAUUUUGUAUGUUUGUCUUCUUACCACUAAGAUUUAAUUGCCCAAUUAGAAUCUUCUGUUACAAUGACAUAUUCAAAAAAUAUAAUCGAUCUUCCAUUCCAUUCCAGUUUUGGUAGAUUGUUUGCCAAAAGAUAAUGCUUGAUAUCACUAAGAAGAUUGUGUUUUGUAUACACAGUGUUCGUUUAGAAUAAGGUAGAAGACUAGAACCAGAGUUCACUUCAUCUUCAGAUACAUUUAUCAGCACACAAGACCUUAUUGUUGGACAGUGAAUAUCAAAAAGUAAUUUCUGACCUUGGAUAAUUGAUUAAUUUUGAAUAAUGAUGUUGUAUAAAAAAAAUCUAGAAGUCAACAUUUCAAAUUGUUAAUUACAUCUAGAGACAUACAUCCAAAACAAAUCCUGAUUAUGUCCUCAUGAGUAUUUUUUUUUUCUUUUAAAGGAAGGUGGCUACACUUUUUUCAUCAGGUGGGACUAGAUAUAGGGAAAGAGGAUCCACAAAACAUUGUGCUCCCUCCCUAACUCCCAUCUUACUGAGAUAUACACAUAACAAGAGUAGAUUUAAUCCUAAAAUGUAGGUGAAUUGACAAAGCACUCCAUUGUCUGAUAAAAGCCAAAAUAUGAUUACAGUGUAAUGUACUAACUGCUAGAACUUGAUGUCAUGACCAACUAAACAUAAUGGUCUGAUUGUAACUUUCAAAUUAAUAAAGGAUUGUUCAAAUACUAUGUAUUGGACACCAUA